CAAGCCAGGAACAUCAUCUGCUCAACACCCAGCGCAAUACCGCCAAGAUGCUGAUCCCAAAGGCCGACCGCAAGAAGAUCCACGAGUACCUCUUCCGUGAGGGUGUGCUCGUUGCGAAGAAGGACUUCAACCAGCCAAAGCACGGCGAGAUUGACACCAAGAACCUCUACGUCAUCAAGGCUUGCCAGUCCCUCACCUCCCGCGGAUACCUCAAGACCCAGUUCUCCUGGCAAUGGUACUACUACACCCUCACCCCAGAGGGUCUCGACUACCUCCGCGAGUGGCUCCAUCUCCCAGCUGAGAUCGUCCCACAGACCCACGUCAAGCAGCAGCGCAGCCACGCUCCUCCACGCGGUAUGAUGGGUGGUGAUGACCGUGAGCGCCGUGGCGGUGGCCGUGGCGGCCCACGUGGUGAUCGUGAGGGUGGAUACCGUCGUCGCGAGUACGGUGACCGCGAGAACAAGGAGGGAGGUGCUCCAGGCAGCUUCAACCCAGAGUUCCGUGGCGGUUUCGGUCGUGGUCGUGGCCGCGGCGACGCUCCACCAGCUUCGUCCUAGGAGGACAGCGGCUGGAGCGCCGACGACGCCGCGACCACUUCGGCAGGUGGGAACUGGGACACUGGUGCUGCUGAAGCCUCGACUGAGUUCGAUGCAGGUGCUUCUGGCAGCUGGUAAACGACUUGAGAAGGGGAGAAACUGUGCUUUUUCAUGAGCGCGAGCUUGGCUCAAUGGAGUCGAUAAGUCAGAGAAUCCAAGCCGCUACGAGAUUCGGAGGUGUUUCUUUCCUAUUCGCUCCGCCUUGCGACGACCGAAUCCUGAGGGCAGACUGGUAGUUCAAUGAGAAUGCAAAUUGAACUGCCGC